CUCUCCCCUUCACAGACUUCUAACUCCAGGAACCAUGUCUACCAAAACCACCAUCAGGAGUCAAAGCAGCCACCGUGGCUUCAGUGCCAGCUCAGCCAGAGCUCCUGGGCUCAACCGCUCUGGCUUCAGCAGUGUGUCUGUGUGCCGCUCCCGGGGUAGCGGCGGCUCUGGGGCUGUGUGUGGAGGAGCUGGCUUUGGCAGCAGAAGCCUCUAUGGUGUGGGGAGCUCCAAGUGGAUCUCCAUCGGAGGGGGCAGCUGUCUGGGCGCACUCCAGUCUGGGAACUCCGAAGGAGUACAUCAGAGCCAGAGUUCUUUACAGGACCAAGAUGUAGAUGCUGCCUACCUGAGUAAGGCUGAACUGCAAGCAGACAGUCUGACAGAUGAGAUCAACUUCCUGCGAAUUUCUCUACUCAGAGAAUUAACUCAGUAAGAACUGUCUCAGAUGCAAACUCACAUCUCAGACACAUCUGUGGUCCUCUCCAUGGACAACAACCGCAGCCUGGAUCUGGACAUUAUCAUUGCUGAGGUCAAGGCCCAAUAUGAGGAGAUUGUUCAGAGGAGCUGUGCUGAAGCUGAGUCUUGGUACCAGACGAAAUACAAGGAGCUGCAGGUCACAGCAGACAGACAAGAGGCUGACCUGCACAACACCAAGCAGGAGAUCGCUGAUCUCAAUCGCAUGAUUCCAAGGCUGAAAUCUAAGAUCGACCACGCCAAAAAACCACACUGCAAGUUUGUUUUUCUUUCUAUCUCUGCCCAGUGUGCCAACCUACAAUCUGCCAUUGCUGAAGCUGAGCAGUGUGGGGAGAUGGCCCUCAAGGAUGCCAGGGACAAGUUGGAAGGGCUGGAGGACGCCCUGCAGAAGGCCAAGCAGGACAUGGCCAGGCUGCUGAAGGAGUACCAGGAGCUCAUGAGUGUCAAGCUGGCCCUUGAUGUGGAGAUCGCCACCUACAGGAAGCUGCUGGAAGGAGAGGAGUGCAGGCUGAAUGGUGAAGGCGUUGGACCCAUCAACAUCUGUGUGGUUCCCGGAGCAAUAGAACAAGAAUCUAGACAUCAGAUGGACCCUGUUGCAGGAACAGAACAGCCGGCUGCCCAGGCUGCACCAGCACUCCCCAGAGGACACAGAGGACAGCUUGACUUGCAUCUGAGGACCUUGCAGGAUGUGGUGGGAGACUACAGAAAGGAAAUUCAUGGGAAGCUGGGCACAGCGGCACACAUUUGCAAUGGCAGUGCUACUGUGCCCAGCUUCCUGCGAGGUCUAGAGAAGAACAAACUGGAAGGGCUGGAGGAUGCCCUGCAGAAGGCCAAGCAGGACAUGGCCAGGCUGCUGAAGGAGUACCAGGAGCUCAUGAAUGUCAAGCUGGCCCUUGAUGUGGAGAUCGCCACCUACAGGAAGCCGCUGGAAGGAGAGGAGUGCAGGUACUCCCAGCCUCUCACCCCUGGUAGGCCUGUCCCCUUGCCUUCCUGUCCUCCUCCCAAGUUCAUUCCCAGUUGCCAGUCCAAUGCCUGUCGACGGGAACGACACUCUGCCAAGGACCUCAAGUUCCACUGA